GCCAUGGAGAAUGGGCUGCCGGGGCCAAGAUCUACCACAGAGAUCCGGAAGGAGAAAUCACGUGACGCAGCACGAUGCCGCCGCAGCAAGGAGACGGAAGUUUUCUACCAGCUGGCUCACACCUUGCCCUUCGCCCGGGGGGUCAGCGCCCACCUGGACAAGGCCUCCAUCAUGCGCCUGACCAUCAGCUACCUGAGGAUGCACAAGCUACUGACCUCUGGAGACUGGAAAAAGGAAGUGGAAGCAGAGGAGCAGGUGGAUGCCUAUUACCUGAAGGCCCUGGACGGCUUCCUCAUGGUCCUGACAGAAGAGGGUGACAUGAUCUACCUUUCCGAGAAUGUCAACAAACACCUGGGCCUCAGUCAGCUGGAGCUCAUUGGGCACAGCGUCUUUGAUUUCAUUCAUCCCUGCGAUCAGGAAGAGCUUCAAGAUGUACUGAGCCCCAGGCAGGGUUUUUCAAAGAAGAAGGAAGUGAAGACCGAGCGCAGUUUCUCCUUGCGCAUGAAGAGCACCCUGACCACCAGGGGGCGCACUGUCAACCUCAAGUCUGCCACCUGGAAAGUCCUGCACUGUGCCGGCCACAUGAGGUCGUACGCGCCUGCCAAGCUGGCGGGCGAGAAGGAGCUGGAGGGGGGCUUCACGGAGCCCCCCUUGCGUUGCCUGGUGCUGAUCUGCGAGGCCAUCCCGCACCCCGCCAACAUCGAGACCCCGCUGGACAGCGGCACCUUCCUCAGUCGCCACACCAUGGAUAUGAAGUUCACCUACUGUGACGAGAGGAUUGCCGAGGUGGCCGGGUACACGCCCAAAGACCUGCUGGGCUGUUCCAUCUACGAGUACAUCCACGCCCUGGACUCUGAUUCUGUCAGCAAGAGCAUCAACACCUUGCUGAGCAAGGGGCAGGCCGUGACCGGGCAGUACCGUUUUCUGGCCAGGAAUGGAGGCUACCUGUGGGCCCAGACCCAGGCCACCGUCAUCUCCAGCAGCAAAAACUCCCAGCCUGAGAGCAUCGUCUGUGUCCACUUCAUCCUGAGCCAGGUGGAGGAGGCGGGCUUGGUGCUGUCCCUGGAACAGACCGACCGGCAAGGAGAACACCGCCGCCUGCCCCCGCCCUCCCUCGAGGGCUUGGACUCUGAUGGGAGCCUGGAGGAGCUUGACCCCAACGGCGGAGACACCAUCAUCAACCUCAGCUUCGAGUUGCGUGGUCCCAAGGUCCUGGCCUUCCUGCGUCCUGCCAACAUCAGUGAGGAGGAGUUGCAGCUGGACCCCAAACGUUUCUGCAGCCCGGAUCUCCAGAAACUCCUGGGCCCGAUCUUCGACACUCCUGGAGCUCAGAGCCCAACAGGAGGAGGAGCUCAGCGGGCACGGCCCCCGGUGCCGGUUCCCAAACCCGCUGUGGCUGUCAGGAACACUUCUGGAAAUAGUAGCCCAACUGAGCUGCCAGAUGAACUCCUUUUAGACAUGGAGAAUGUCCAAAAGCUCUUUGCUGCCAACAAGGAGCCUCAGUCGAUGGAGACAGCACUGCAGGAUUAUGAAGGCCUGGACUUAGAGAUGCUGGCUCCCUACAUCUCAAUGGACGAUGACUUCCAGCUGAGCAGCACGGAGCACCCGCCGUGGCUGGCUGAAAAACGGAGGGACUCAGGAACCCGGCCAACCUCGCCUCCUCCGAGGCCCCGUUCCAGAAGCUUCCAUGGGGUGUCUCCCCGCCCGCCUGAAUCGACCAGCCUUCCUCGCUGGGGCAGCGAUACCAGCCUGAGCCAGCCCCGCCCUGCCCAGCCGCCAGGAAGUGACCAGUGCGAUGCAGGGCAGGUGGUGGAGAUGGUGGCAUCCGUAAAGAUUCACGGGCUGGAGGAAGGGACCAAUCCAGUGGCCUCUUUGCCCUUGGGUGGUCGGAAGAGGGCUCGGGAGCUGAGUGUGGAGGAGGAGGGGGACAUCUUCCUGGAGGCGGGGCCCCCCAAGCGCCUUCAUGGCCACGAGCCCGAUGGGUUUCUGAUGCCAUCCCUGAGCCUGGGUUUCCUGUUGAGUGUUGAGGAGUGUCUGGAUGCCAGAUCUGAGCGUGGUUUCGGGAGCAACAUGGCUUUGGGCAGGAAGCUGCUGUCUCUGGAGGAGCCAAUGAGCCUCUUGGGGGAUAUGCUGCCUUUCGUAGUGGAUGGACCAGCGCUCUCUCAGUUGGCCCUGUACGAUGGCGAGGACGAGGCUUCUGUGCGCAGUGGAGAGCACUUCCAGCUCGGGGAGGAGCUCCUUGCGGAGUUGGACCAGGCCACCUGAGAAGGCAGCCACACCACAGUUGCACCUUCAUCCCACACUCCUGCUCCGCAGAUGGGACAAAUGGAACCAAAUCCAACCCCAGAUCAUCCAUGAGAGGCAGAGUUGGAGGGGCUCCUUUCUUCCUCCUCCUCCUCCUCCCCUUUGUCCUGCACCCCCUCUAAGUCUUUUCCCCCCGGCCCCCCCACAGCCUCCGCCAGGGUCCUUAGAACUCUUCCUACCUCAGUCCUGUCCCCCUCAUCGGGCAGCCUCUCCUCUCUGGAGAUGGCGAGGGAGGAAGGCCCAGCCGAACUUAGGAGCCUGCACUGUUAGGGACAAUCUCCCACCC